UCUGUAGCUGGUUAUGAAUUCUGUCAAAAAAGUUGUAACUUUUGUGAUUGUGUGGAAUUUAUUUUUUAAACACAAUUGUUAAAUUGUACAAUGAUUCGCACGCUUUCGCAAAAAUUGAACAUAGCAAUUUCCUAAUAAAGUAUUGAAUUAUAAUCGUUAUGCGUGAGCUGUUUCGCCAGCGACAAGUGCAGCGCCGUCUGUGAAUUAAUGAUUUGAAUCAUAAUGAAAGCGUAUUUAAAAUAACUUAGAGUAGGCGAAGUGUGAAGAGAGUUUGUUGUGACUGGUGUUAGUGUUUUGAAAUUGUGUUGGAGAUGGCGGACAACGGGGCGUUUGUGGCCAAGCCGGUCCGUGGUUGGAUCCACCCGGACUCUGUGCUAGCGAGCGACGGUAUAACAUAUGCGGUCAGGUACAUUGGCUGCAUGGAGGUGCUGACUUCUAUGAAAAAGCUGGAUUUUGAGACUAGAUCUCAAGUAGCAAAAGAAUGCAUAGCCCGAGUUUGUGCAGCAGCAGGCUUAAGAUCAGCAGACAAAAAGCGCCGAGUCGGCCAAGCUGCAGCUCGAGCUUUAGCGGCAAAGCCCCGCAUGGCUCAUUCUGGAGCCAAUGUUGCCCUCACCAUCUCAUCGAAAGCCAUAACUCUAGCAGCACUUGAAGGCCACGAGACAGUAGCCCGACAUGACAUGCCAAGAGUGUCAUUUGCGUCUGGCGGUGACGCAGACUCUUUAGACUUUGUAGCAUAUGUAGCUAAAUCAGCACCACCUUCAGAAUGGAGAGCAUGCUAUGUGUUAGAAUGUGGAGGGAGACUAGCACAGGAUGUCAUUGCUACCAUUGGACAAGCUUUUGAACUCCGCUUCAAGGAAUUUUUAACAAAACCUUCCUCCCUGAACCUAAACGGCUCUCGGCCGCUAGAGGACCGCGACUACUACAACGACAUGCCGGACAAGAUGCCGCCGGAACCGCCGUCCCACCGCCACCCGCCGCCGCCGCCGCUGCAACCCAUUCCGCCAAUGUCCUCGUGCGAGGAGAGCGUCCGGCACUACGUGAACCAGACGCCGCCGCCGCGCACGCCCCCGACGGCGCUGCUCCCCAACCAUCACACCGAUAUUUUUGACAUGCAGCCGUUCACCGCGGCGCCAGUAACGUCGCCGGCGACCACCUCGGCGACGGGCAGCUCGCCGGCGGAGCCCGAGCCGCUGUCCGCCGCCGAGCAGGCCGCCCUACUGGCGCGCGAGCCGUGGUUCCACGGGCCCAUAGCACGGAGCACUGCUGAAAAGCUGGUGACGGCGGACGGCGAGUUCCUGGUGCGGGAGUCGGCGGGCAGCGCGGGGCAGUUCGUGCUCACCGGCGCCCGCCGCGGCGCGCACAAGCAUCUGCUGCUCGUCGACCCCAACGGCGUGGUGCGAACAAAAGACCGCGUGUUCGAGAGCGUGCCGCACCUGAUCAAGUACCACUGCGCCAACGAGCUGCCCAUCGUGUCGGCCGACUCGGCGCUGCUGCUGCGCCGCCCCGUGCCGCGCGCCGGGCCCUGAGGCCGCGCGCCGGGCCCUGAGGCCGCGCGCCGGGCCCUGAGGCCGCGCGCCGGGCCCUGAGGCCGCGCGCCGGGCCCUGAGGCCGCGCGCCGGGCCCUGAGGCCGCGCGCCGGGCCCUGAGGCCGCGCGCCGGGCCCUGAGGCCGCGCGCCGGGCCCUGAAGCCGCGCGCGCUGCCCGACCACCGGCUCCACGUGAGACUGCACCUCCCACCCGAUGCCCGACGAGAGGGAACUACUCAACAAUGUAAACGUCUCAAUAUUUACUAUGAAAAGUCUUCUGCAGUCGGGUUCAAAUCACCUCGAUGCUUACACCAGACGUUAACUAAUAACAGAUACUCAGACGCGUAAAGUAGCGCAGUUUUGACAACGGAUGUAGAUGACAUUAGGUUGUUAUUCCAUAUGUCCAAUAACUUGGUCUAAUAUGUAUUUGCGUCUCACAUUUUGCUUAAUGAGAGAGUGAGACGCAAUGCACAUUGGACAAAGAAAUAACACCCUUAUGUAGUUGUCAUGCGAUAACGAUUGACAAUUCGGUUACCAAAAGAACGUACGCCGCAGUACUUCACGCAUUUAGUAUUAUAUUUAUGCGCAAGGUGAAGACUGUAGCUUUGUAUACAUGUUUAAUUUAAGUCGUGUGACUAAAUAAAAACCAAAGGCAAGAAAAUAAUAAAUGCUGUCAAUCUUCAUACUAGUAGCGCCAUCUACAACCUAAAUGAACCACAUGACGGAGAUUGAACACCAUUAUUUAUUUGUCUUUAGUAAAAUUAAGUACACAUUUUUUAUUAUGACAAAAGCGCCUAACAUCUAUUUCCAGCUGUUAGCUGUUGAAGUCGAUUACAUAUAGGGAUUGCAAACCGGAUUGAUUUUCAAUCCGGCCGGAUCCGGCCGGAUUUUGGCCAUAACCCGGCCGGAUCCGGCCGGACCGGAUCCGGUUUGGUAUAGGGAUAUCAAAAUUAAUUAAAUGAUAUAUUUUUCUAGUUUUUUGCGUAAUACGUAUUCCUAAAUCUAUAAUUUGAAGUUAAUAAAUAACUUCUUAACAAUAAAAUAACUCUUAGUAGUAAAAAGUGUGACCUUGUCAAUAUCACUUAAAAACCCAAAUAUGAAAUCGGUCAUUUAUUAUAUAUAACCAUUCACAAGUGCUCAAAUUUUCGUUUACAAUUAUAAAUUUGAUUAGUUUCCAAUGCCCGUAAUGGGAUGUGAGGUGGGAAUUGGAACUCCUUGAAAUGACAAGUUUUCGUGACUGUUCCUUGAUUGAAUUCUUUGUAACGUUGACAUUCAUUCUAGUAAGAAAAUAAGAUAUUUUACUAUUAACCAAAAUGAUAUUAAAUUUUCCCUAAUUUUUUGCCCAAGAAAGUAGUAGUCUGUAUGAUUUAAAAAAAUUACCUUUUUUUUAUUUACAGAAAAGUAUAUUGGUCAAAUUAUAGGGAAUGGAACAUGACACGACGAUCUCAUGCGAAAAAUAAUAGAGUAUAGGAUUGAAAUCCAUCGAGGAAAGGGACUCCUUAAGAAAAGUUACUUGGAUCAAAUAAAGAAUUGGCCAGACGUAGAGUAGCAUGUACCAUUAAGGAAAUUGCAUAAGAUUGGAUGAAAUUGUAAAUACAAAAGAUUCUCUCUCAAAUUUGAAUAGAAAAUAAACAAUAUUUUAUCAUUAUAUAUAUAAAAUCGAAGUAAACUAAAGAUUAUCAAAGUUAUCAUUUCAUUUCAUACAUUCAUUUUAAGUACAAACUUACAAUCUUAUAUUCAUUCACACAUGUAACACAUAUUCUUUAGCCCAGCUCUAGUCGGUUGAGUACCGCCGACUUAAUCCUGCUCAUUUGUUUACUUUUAAUCUCCUAUCACAACAUUAUUACACUCUUUUCUUCUCUUUAGCAUAAAUUACAAAUGCCUUCCAUGGCAUCUCCAUUGUUUAAUUUUUCCUUCUAUUACAGUAUUUAUGUAAUCGUCGUAUCGUGCCACCAACAUGAAAGGCAACUUCUGUUCCCAGUCAUCGUCAUAAUAAAUAUAUUUUUAUUUAACUAAAUUUAAACUUUUUCAUUCGUUUUAUGCUCUGUUCAAUUUCAUACCUCUCAUCCGUCGCCUUUUCCUCAUCUAAACCGCACAGUGCGUGCUGUAUUUAAGCGUUUUUUUUUAUUUGACCGGAUCCGGUCCGGAUCCGGUGAUUUUUACCGGAUCCGGUGGCUCCUGAAAAGUGACGGAUCCGGCCGGAUUACCGGAUCCGCCGGACCGGAUUGCAAUCCCUAAUUACAUACAAAACGCUUUGUUAUUUAACGAAUCGUCCUAAUGCAAGCAUAAAGCAUAUAAUUUACGAAUACAUUACAUAGUAUUGUAAUAUGAUCAUGUUUCCGCAACUACGACUAUUUUGCGUGAGAGGUACAUUACAUAUACAUGCUACUAGUAUGUAUGGGGACUUAUGUCAAAAUUUAAAAGCAGUCGUAGUCAUUACGGACAACUUUUACACGAAAAAUAUUACACUGAGAGUUAAAAAUUUAUAAAAUGAUCUGCAAAUGUAUGAUAUGAAUUUUAAAGUUAAUUUAAAUCGUCAUACUUUAUUUAGGUACUAAUUUACUAAUGUGUCAGUGCAUGGAAGCUGCACUGAUUUAUUCCAAAUAAAUUUUACAAGUAAGUUUAUACAAAAAGUCCUACGUUAUAAUUAAAAGUUAAGACUAAAGUGGAGGACCCGCGCGAAAUCUCCUUUUCAUACAAACGUAGUCCUCAUUUUCCUCUCUCGAUAUUAAAUUUAUUGAAAAUAUUUUAUACAAUAUGUUGUAAAUUGAACACAGCUAGGUCCUACGUUUGAUUUUUUUUUUCGAAUUUUUACUAUAAUCAAAAAAUCUAAUAAAGUCUUAAGUAGGGACAUAACUAUUGUUAAUAUACAUCAAAUUAUGUAAAAUAUUUUCCGUAACGUCAAUACCCAGAGAGGAAAAUGGGGACUACGUUUGUAUGGAGAAGCGGCCGUCCCCUUUCCUGUUAAUAUAUGAAUAAAAAAUUGAGAUGCGAAUAUAUUAUUGACGCCGAAUGGUGCGCUAAGUAAAUUAAAGGAUAAAAUUUACAUGUAUUUCAAAUUGGGAUUUUACACGUCACGUCAGGUUAAUUACUAUCGGACGUUGUUUUAGCACAUAUUUACAGUCAUUUAAUUUUAAUACUAGAAGUCAGCGUUGUUACCUAAAAGCUGUCUAAAUUAUAUUUGUCAAGAUUAUUCUGUAAUUUA